AUGACUGCAUCCAUGGAGAUGCAGAGGCCUCGCCAAGAUGACAACGCUCAGGAUGUCUUCUCCCAUCUAGGAAAAGUCAACGUGGAUUUUGUAGAGAGUACGGCCGGAGCCAUACCUACAACCUAUGCCGACCUCGUGGAAUCUCGCAUUUCAAAGGUACACCGAGACUACCUGAUGGAGCGUCAUGGAACACUGGAACUUGAUCCAAUCCCUAGCAUUGAUCCGGCAGAUCCGUAUAAUUGGCCGUCAUGGAAGAAACUGGCCAAUCUGGUUUUGGUAGCGGUUCACGCGUGUAUGGGUACUUUUGCCGCUGCUGGCAUCAUUCCCGCUUAUAAAACGAUCUCGGAGGAGUAUGGCGUUACGGUGCAAAAAGCGAGUUAUUUGACUUCGCUCCAGAUCGCCAUCCUGGGCGGGGCUCCGUUGUUCUGGAAGCCCUUGUCUAAUCGCUAUGGACGCCGUCCGAUCUUCCUUACAUCAUUGAUAUGCAGUCUGGUAUGUAAUGUGGGUUGUGCGAAAAGCACAGACUAUGCAUCAACUGCCGCCUGUAGAGCUUUGCAAGCAUUCUUCAUCUCUCCGGCCUCUGCUAUCGGAAGUGCUGUUGUGAUGGAGACUUAUUUUAAGAAGGAUCGUGCCCGGUAUAUGGGCGUGUGGACCCUGCUAGUCACGCUGGGGAUUCCCUGCGGUCCAUUUAUCUUCGGUUUCGUUGCAUAUCGGGCAGGUUACGUGUGGAUCUACUGGGUCCUGGCCAUAGUCAACGGAGUCCAGUUCAUCCUGUAUCUCUUUCUGGGGCCAGAAACUCGGUAUGUUGGCAGCAAUGUCAACCCAGACAAACCCGCCUGGAAGAGAGAGUAUCUCUCACUUCGCCGAAUCGACCCGACGCCCUUCUCUUGGUUCGAGUUCGUUAAACCUCUUACCAUGGUCAUAUGUCCCUGCGUGAUGAUCCCGGCCGCGGCAUACGCAAUGGUAUUCCUAUUGAGCAACGUAUUGGCCACUGUGGAAGUGCCCGAACUGCUCCAGCAAAAGUUCGAUCUGAACACCGAGCAGCUAGGUCUCCAGUUCCUGGGUCCCAUCAUCGGCUCCCUCAUCGGCGAACAGCUGGGUGGCACCCUAUCGGACCUGUGGAUGAACACACGAGCAAAGAAGAUCCAGCGCAAACCCGAACCAGAGUACCGUCUAUGGCUCAGCUACAUCGGCUUCAUCUGUUCCAUCGUGGGUCUAAUUGUCUUCCUGGUAUGCACCCAGGAGUCCGAAGAAGGUCGCUGGAACGUAUCCCCCAUCAUCGGCAUCGCUAUCGGAGCCGCCGGUAACCAAAUUGUAACCACUGUCCUCAUCACGUACGCCGUGGACUGCUAUCCAACCGAUGCCGCCAGUGUCGGGGUGUGUAUCACGUUCGUUCGGCAGAUCUGGGGUUUCUUGGGUCCGUUUUGGUUUCCGCCCAUGUUCGAGACCGUCGGGGUGGCUGCAAGUGCGGGUAUUGGCUGCGCUCUCAUUGUGAGUGUCAGUGUUAUCCCGAUUCUCUUCCUUCACUACCUGGGGCGGGGAUGGCGUCCGGACGUCAACGUAUGA